AAAGCCGCUCUGCUCCUCUUCCUCCUUCCCAGCCUCCCUCCGUCAGACCCGCUGUAGCUGUGUCUCGUCUUCUGUGAGCCGGUGAGAAAUGGCAGCGCUCAGGACUCUCAGGAAACUGUGCCAGCACACACAGCACCAAGUCUGUAAACUGCACACGUCCGCCUCGAGGCAGGAGGCGGUGGUCAUCUCAGGAAAGAAACUCGCACGGCAAAUUAGGGAUGAGGUCCGGGCCGAUGUAGAGGAAUGGGUCUCAACCGGCCACCGAAGACCCCAUCUGAGUGUUAUUCUCGUGGGAGACAACCCAGCCAGCCACUCCUACGUCCUGAACAAGACACGGGCUGCGGCUGAUGUCGGAAUCUCAAGUGAGACGAUUCUCAAGCACACGAACAUCAGUGAGGAGGAGUUACUGGACUUGAUCGAUAAACUCAACACAGACCCCCGCGUGGACGGUCUACUGGUACAGCUGCCUUUGCCAGAACACAUCGAUGAGCGUGCAGUCUGCAAUGCAGUUUCCCCAACCAAGGAUGUGGACGGUUUCCACGUGGUCAACGUGGGCCGCAUGUGCCUGGAUCAGUCCACCAUGCUCCCCGCCACUCCCUGGGGUGUCUGGGAAAUUAUUAAACGCACAGGUAUUCCUACUUUUGGGAAGAAUGUCGUGGUUGCCGGACGCUCCAAGAACGUGGGCAUGCCCAUCGCCAUGUUACUGCACACAGACGGCCGUCACGAGAGGCCCGGAGGUGACGCGACAGUCACAAUUUCUCACCGAUACACUCCAAAGGAUCAACUUAGCCAACACACUAAAAUUGCUGACGUCAUUGUGGCUGCCGCAGGGAUUCCAAACCUCAUCACUGCAGACAUGAUCAAAGAGGGAGCGGCUGUGAUCGACGUCGGAAUAAACAGAGUGCAGGACCCCGUCACUGGAAAGAGCCGACUGGUUGGGGAUGUGGAUUUUGAAGGUGUGAGACAAAAGGCGGGAUUCAUCACCCCAGUGCCAGGAGGCGUUGGCCCGAUGACUGUGGCGAUGCUGAUGAAGAACACUGUCAAAGCAGCCAAGAAUGUCCUCCUGUGUCCCCCACAGAGGAUCCGCAUGGCUGUUGCGUCCUAAUUGGAUCAAAACCACAUCCCAGCAACAGUGACACAUUCCACCGACGAGCCCACCCUCCACCUUCCCAACACUACCGUUAUUAUUAUUACUAUUUUUUUUAACUUGGAGCAACCUGCCAUGCUCCCCUUGCACAUGGACUGGAAAGAUGAUAGCCUUAUGGAUCUCUUUCUGCUGGUGUCGUUAACCUUUCAGGACUCCAGGUCCAGCCAUAAUUAGACUGUUACAUUCACUGAUGCAGCAGCAUGUUUAAUGUAACAGUGUUUUCAGUAUUUAUCAUUUGCAUUGUGCUGGGCUUUUAAGAAUUUUCUGAGAUUAUGUUAUUUAUUGGUACAGUGACGCAGUGUUUGAACUUGAGUGAAAGCGGGUGGUGAGGAUUAGCUUGCCGGGUGACUGAAGCCUUUCUGCUGUAUGUCUUUCUAUUAGUUUAUCCUGACGUGCAAAGGGUGAUAAGGGCUAAUGUCAUCAGGGGCAAGUAUGUAUAUCCAUAUACAAGCUUUAAAGAUUCACAAUUGCCUUUGAGAAAUCUUUGAAAUAAAUAUUACAAAUGUCUCCUAA